GGGAUUCAUAAAGAUUCUAAGAAAAUUCUUAGAUCUCAUACUUAAGUAGUAAAAAAAUUCUUAGCUAAGAAAAAUACUUAAGUAUUAAUUCAUAAAAAUGUUAAGCAUAAUUCUUAACUAAGUUUCAAUCUUAGAAAAAUGAAACACUUAAGUAGAAAUUCUAUGGCAACGCGAACGAUUUCCCGGAAUUUUUACCGCACUCUCCAGCAAAAGAGGUAAAAAGUUGAGGAUAGUGAUGUCAACAACAACAUCAUGGAAUCCAAGCAGACGAAAAGAAAGCCUAAUUGGAAUGCUGAUGAAACGCUUGCCUUGGCUUCGUUAGUAGAAGAGAACAAGCAUAUCCUGAGGGGGAAAUUAGGGCCCACUUUAACCUCCGAGAUGAAGCACCGCACUUGGCAAAGUAUUGCCGAAAGACUAGCCGCGAUGGGGGUGGGUCCAGCUAGGACAGCGGUGGAAGUGGAGAAGAAGUGGCACAACGUCUUCUCCAAAUCUAAAUCUGAAAUCUCAGAUCACAGAAGAGUUGUGACUGGGACAGGCGGGGGCCCACCACCAAAACCUCUCAGCGCAGUUGCCACAACAGUGUGUGGUGUGGUAGGAGAGGAUAAUGCUUGCCUCAGUGGGAUUGAUGGUGGGAUUGACUCCUCUCUCUUGCAGAUAUUAAACAUUGGUGAAGGGAGUCAACCAGUGGGAAUCAAUGUCUUUGAGGGACCUCCUGGUAUGGAUCCCCUCAUUCUCAACUCUAGCCCUCUAGUCGCCGCACCUGUACAAGAGCCUUCACUACCAUUAACAUCCAUGACUACAAGUUUGCAGGCCUCUGAAAAUAGAAGCAGUCAGCCUGAUUUGAAAAGGAGAAUCGAGGAGCUGAUUUGCAGGAAGUUGGAACUGGAAGUCCAGUAUAUGGAAUUAAAGAUAAAAAAACUAAAGCAAGAGGAAUGAAUUUUAUUAGCUCACCUGAGCCGAAGGCUCAAGUGAGCUUUUCUGAUCAAAAUUUGUCCGUUGUAUGUCGCCGUCGUAAACUUUUCACAUUUUCAUCUUCCUCUCAAGAACCACUGGGCCAAUUUCAACCAAACUUGCCACAAAGUAUCCUUAGGUGAAGGGCUUUCAGGUUUGUUCAAAUGAAGGGCCAUGUCCCUUUCAAAGGGGAGAAAAUCACAAAAAUGCAAAAAUAGAGUGGGGUCAUUUAAAAAUCUUCUUCUCAAGAACCAUUGGGUCAGAAAAGCUGAAAUUUUCAUGAAAGCUUCCUGACAUAGUGCAGAUUUAAGUUUGUUCAAAUCAUGGCCCCCAGGGAUUGGAUGGGGCCACAAUAAGGGAUCAAAGUUUUACAUACUAAUAUGUAGGAUACAUCUUUAAAAAUCUUCUCAAGAACCACUGAACUAGAAAAGCUGAGAUUUACAUGAAAGCUUCCUGACAUAAUGCGAUGUGGCCCCUGGGCCUCUUGUUGAUAUUUAAAAGCAUUUUAAUUGAUGUACUAUAUGUACAUGUUCUUAUCUCAUCUGAGUGAAAGGUUCAAGUGACCUUUUAAAUCUGAUCAAACUCUGUCCAUUGUCUGUUGGCACACAGUUGGGCCACAUGAAUAGAUCAUUUUUUUUAUACAUGGGAAAUAUUUUGUAAAUCUUUUCAAGAACAACAAGGCCAUGGUUAGUAAUAUUAACAAGCAAGCAAUCUAUUGUAGUGCACAAUCAUAUAACAGCUGUAGGACCAUCAAGGAACCUGGGUUUAAGGGUGGGCUAGAAUCUAUGAUAAAAUUUUACAUAGAACAUGGAUAUAUUAUAAACAAAGAAUUUUUUUUUUAAAUCCUCUCCAUCAAGAUCAUUAAAUUCAGUUGUCACCCUCUGGGGCUAUAGGUAUAAACUCUAAUUUACCAUACCAUUUGUAAUACCAUUGAAUAUUAACUACAUGUUUUCUUUCUUUCACAUUAAAUAGACAUGUAAAUAUGAUGCCGUAACUGAUAAAACAUUUAGAUUUCAUACUAUUAUUGUAUAUGAUAUCUGAAAGACAUAGAAAUUCAGUAUACUUUACCAGACAUUGUUGUGUUUGUCAUAAUAGAUAUUAAUAAUUAAUAAGUUAAGUUUUUUAUGUUUCAUAUUUCAACAUUAAUAAGUAGAUACUCAAUAGAUGAAAUUAAUGAUAUGUGUGUUAAAAUUUUCACUUUCCAUAUAAAGUAGUUGUUGGCUUUUAACUUUUCACAUUUUCAUUUUCCUUACUAGAAUGACUAGGCCAAUUUCAACCAAACUUGGCACAAUACAUCCUUGGGCAUUUUCCCCCUCAAGAACCCCAUAGCUAAAUUGCAUGGUCAAAAUGUAAUACAUUUGUAAGACAGUGUGGUGUUUUCCUAAGUAGAUAUAUUAUUUCAUUACUAUAUGAAACAUAUUAUUUAAAAAAGCUGUAAUUUAAGUAGCUCAUAAAGAUUAUCACAUGCCUUUAUUUUUAACCUGCUUUAAUUUAUGUAUAAUUUGAUAACAUGUACAUAUCUCUAAGUUAUCCAUAGAUUAUAGAAUCAUUAUGGUCAUUAAUCUCAUCUAUGUACAUGUAUAUAAUGUAUUUGCUGAAUAUUCAGAUGGUAUGCAUUUUGUAUGAUAGUGGAUGACUAAGAGUAAUGAAAAUUUACAUCAGUUUGAAUGUACAUUUAAAAUAUGAAUUAUCAUGAUAAAUUAAAACUUAGUAGUUUAAAAAUUUAUUUGUGGAUUUUGGAGUGUUCAAUUAGUAUUCAACUACAAUGUAUUUUCAUUUUUUUUUUUUAUAAUUUCCUUGUGUGGAUAAGUGGUCAAUAUAUGGUAAUAUAUGAUUAUUUGUAUAUAGAUUAAUAUUUAUUAAAGGUUCUGUGUCACACAUAGGUACGCUUUGCAUUGCAUUGAUUUGAUAUUUGUUAUUAUUUUAUGUUUUUUGCAUUCUGUUAAGUUUUUGAAUAUUCAUAUGAAGUUUAUUCAGUCUAUGAUUUUUAAAGUAAUAGUCGAGUAAGAUAAAUCUAUUUAUCAAUUAUAUACCAUAUAGUAAAUCAGUAGCCAAAUUUGAAGUUCAUUUAUAAUCUAUCAUUUCUAAGCACUGUUAAAGUAAAGGUGUUGAUUGUAAAUUGUGCUUGGCAAAUGAGUUUUUGUUGUUGAUUUUUUAUCUUUUAUAUAUAUAUGUAUGUAUGUAUGUAUGUGUGUGUGUAUGUUUGUUUGUAAAUGUUAUAUAUAUGUUCAGAGCUGGAAAAAAUAUAAAUUAACUCAUGUGUUAAACAUU